AUGUCUCUCCUCUCUCUCUUUCCAGACCAGCGGUUGGAUCUGUGUAAGCUGAAUCCAUCAGACAGUGAUGCAGUACGGGGACAGAUCGUAGUGAGCCUCCAGACCAGAGAUGGUUUGGGCAGCGGAGGACCCGUGGUCGACUGUAGAGGACUGUUAGAGAAUGAGGGGCCUGUGUUUGAGAGCUGUUUCAGUGAGGAGCCGCUGCCGUACUCAGACCCCACGGGCGCCGCUGGGGGCGGGACCUGUCCACCGGAUUCACCCAACCAGGAGAACCGGCUCCAGGCUCAGCGAAUCAGAGGCCAGGAUUCCCAAAGACACACCCACACCCCUCAGAACCGACCGCAUGGCAACCAAUCACCUGAUCUACCUGAGGGAUACGAGCAGCGCACCACGGUGCAGGGACAGGUGUAUUUUCUUCACACACAGACGGGAGUCAGCACCUGGCAUGACCCACGCAUACCCAGGGACCUGGCCAGUGUGAGCUGUGAGGAGUUGGGUCCGCUGCCAGCCGGCUGGGAGGUGAGGAGCACGGUGUCGGGACGGAUCUACUUUGUGGAUCACAACAACCGAACAACACAGUUCACUGACCCCCGGCUACACACCAUCAUCAGCCAACACUCCCAGGUGAAGGAUUCGUCUCAGCCGCUGGGUGGGGGAGGCGGGAGAGAGAUGGAGGUGGGGGGGGAGGAGGGAGGAGAAGGGGAGGUGACACUGCGUUAUGAGAGAGACCUGGUCCACAAACUGAAGCUGCUCCGACACGAGCUGUCACUACAGCAACCACAGGCCGGACACUGUCGCAUAGAGGUCUCACGAGACGAGAUCUUUGAGGAGUCUUAUCGUCAGAUCAUGAAGAUGAGACCCAAGGAUCUGAAGAAACGACUGAUGGUGAAGUUUAGAGGAGAGGAAGGACUGGACUACGGAGGAGUGGCAAGGGAGUGGCUGUACCUGCUGUGCCAUGAGAUGUUGAACCCGUACUACGGCCUGUUCCAGUACUCAACAGACAACAUCUACACACUACAGAUCAACCCUGAUUCCUCUAUAAACCCUGACCACCUGUCGUAUUUCCACUUUGUGGGUCGUGUGAUGGGCCUGGCAGUGUUCCAUAGUCACUAUAUCAACGGAGGCUUCACCCUGCCCUUCUACAAGCAGCUGCUGGGGAAAACCAUUAUGCUACAAGACCUGGAGACCACUGAUCCUGAACUACACAAGAGUCUGGUCUGGAUACUGGAGAAUGACAUCUCGUCGGUUCUAGAUCAUACGUUCUGCGUGGAACACAGUGCCUUCGGGAAGUUCCUUCAACAUGAGCUGAAACCCAACGGUCAGAACCUCCCGGUAACCGAGGACAACAAGAAGGAGUACGUGAAGCUUUAUGUCACCUGGAGGUUUAUGAGGGGGAUCGAGGCUCAGUUCUUAGCUCUGCAGAAAGGAUUCAGCCAACUGAUUCCUCAACACCUCCUCAAACCAUUUGACCACAAGGAGCUGGAGUUGAUAAUCGGAGGCCUGGGGAAGAUAGACCUAGCAGAUUGGAAGUCUAACACCCGUUUGAAGCACUGUGCUGUAGACAGUAAUGUGGUUUGCUGGUUCUGGGAGGCUGUAGAGAGCUUCACUGAGGAGAGGAGAGGACGACUACUGCAGUUUGUUACCGGUUCUACCAGAGUUCCACUACAGGGAUUCAAGGCACUACAGGGUUCAGCAGGCCCAAGGCUGUUCACCAUCCAUCUGAUAGAGGCCAACACAGACAACCUACCCAAGGCACACACAUGUUUUAACAGAAUAGAUAUCCCUCCCUACGAAUCGUACGAGAAACUUUAUGAGAAACUGCUGACGGCCGUGGAGGAAACUUGUGGCUUCGCUGUGGAGUGAAACACACACACACACGUCACCCUGCAAUAACCCCCCGCCCCUACAGAACUACUAUUGACCAAUCACAGGACAAUACCACCUAGCCCCUCCCAUCCCGACCAGACUGAUCUCCAGGGGAACUGUCAUCAUGGGUCACGGCCAGGUUUGUUACCAUGGUUGCAUGAUCCGGGGAUAUCAUCGGUUCCUGUAUUUUAGAGGUUUUUCAGAUUUUGAAGAAACAUUUUUAUCCUUCAGUUUUAUCGAGCUAUGAUGUCACUCUUCAGAACAACCAAUGACUUUGAUUCUGUCUCCAAUCACACGCAGUCUCUGUACAGAAUAAGCCAAUCAGAGACGAUCUGAGCUGAAAUCCUCCAAUCAGAAAGCAGAUUGAUUAAUGUUCAUGCUUCAUGUUUAACCACUGUUGUGUGCGUGUGUGUGUGUGUGUGUGUGUGUGUGUGUGUGUGUGUGUGUGUGUGUGUGUGUGUGUGUGGUGCAUAGCACCUGGUCCUCUGUAUAAUGGUAUUAAGCCUGUAUGUCUCUCUGAUUAUUAUUUUAUUUAUUUACUGUGAUGAUGAUGAUACUGACCUGCUGCUACUCUACAGAGACGGAACCCCUAACCCCUCCUCUCAUCCCUCCUUCUUUUGUCUUCCUCUCUCCUCAUCCCCCUCUCAUCUCUCCACUUCUCCUCUCUCGCCUCUCAUCUUUCCUUCUCUCCUCACAUCCCUCAUUCUGUCCUCUCAUCCCUCCUUCUCUCCUCCUCUCAUCCCUCCUUCUCUCCUCCCUCUCUCCCUCUCCUCCACUCACAGCCAUUAACCCUCUCUCCUCUCAUCCCUCCUCCACUCCUCUUCAGACCCCUUAUUAACCCUAGGUUAACCCUCUCUCCUUCUCUCCUCUCAUCCUCCCUCAUCCUUGUUAGGGUUCAUCUGGGUCCACAAUAAUCUAACCUGCCUCACUCCCCAGCCUGUCUCAUCCCCACACCUGUCUGAAAUAUGCAAUAAACCCCCAAACUUCACCGCUCUCUCCAUCUCUGUGUCCCUCCAUCCCUCUCUCUCCAUCUCUGUGUCCCUCCCUACCUCCAUCCCUCUCUUUCCAUCUCUGUGUCUCUCCCUACCUCCAUCCCUCUCUCUCCAUCUCUGUGUCCCUCCCUACCUCCAUCCCUCUCUCUCUCCAUCUCUGUGUCCCUCCCUACCUCCAUCCCUCUCUCUCCAUCUCUGUGUCCCUCCCUACCUCCAUCCCUCUCUCUCCAUCUGUGUCUCUCCCUACCUCCAUCCCUCUCUCUCUCCACCUGUCCCUCCCUACCUCCAUCCCCCUCUCUCUCCACCUGUGUACCUCCCUACCUCCAUCUCUCUCUCCCUCCAAACUUCACAUCUCUACAUCUGUGUGUGUGUCCCCCCCCCCCCCCCUGAACAGACAGACAUAAGGUUGGGGAUUGGUUACUAUGGUUACUUUUCUGUUUAUUUUUCUCCCUGAAUGAGUGAAUCCCAACCGUCGUUUAACCUCCAUAGAAACAAAUGAAAUCAAACUAAAUGUUGAAGGUCAAAUAUGAUGAAGACUGGACGUUGGUGGAACAUAACAGAUGACUGCACUCGCAUGAUGAGUGACCUCUGACCUGAUGCCUUGAGGCUUUAGCUCAGUGGGCUACAGGACUGCGGCUCCCAGUACUGCAGUUUGAGUGAUCUCUGACCUGAUGCCUUUAGCUCAGUGGGCUAAAGGACCACGGCUCCCAGUACUGCAGUAUGAGUGACCUCUGACCUGAUGCCUUGAGGCUUUAGCUCAGUGGGCUACAGGACUGCGGCUCCCAGUACUGCAGUUUGAGUGAUCUCUGACCUGAUGCCUUUAGCUCAGUGGGCUACAGGACCACGGCUCCCAGUACUGCAGUAUGAGUGAUCUCUGACCUGAUGCCUUUAGCUCAGUGGGCUACAGGACCACGGCUCCCAGUACUGCAGUAUGAGUGAUCUCUGACCUGAUGCCUUUAGCUCAGUGGGCUACAGGACCACGGCUCCCAGUACUGCAGUAUGAGUGUGUUGGUAACAGUGGAGAGGUUGUUCGUUGUGUAAAGAUGGAAGCAGAGUAUUGUAACUUCCUGGCUACUAAACAUUAAUGACAAAAUACUGUGUAAAUAAGAUUCUAUUAAAGAAACUAAAUUGAAAAUAAA